UUCAAUUUUUCAUAGAUAUAUUAUUCUGCCUUUUUAUGUUGUAGUUCUUUUUUUGUUGUUGUAAAAACAUGCAUCCAGAUUGCAGCUCUGAAUACGACUCGUCGUCCAGCUGUAGCACAGCAUCGCCUGGCGGGGACACCCCCGCAUGCAGCCAGCAUUCUCCUGCCUCGCUUUGUAGCUCAUCAUCAAUGGACAGCACCACCAAGGCUGAAACAAAUGCGCCAGACUCCUUUGUUCCGACUGUGACUGCAGUCUCUACCUCCCCGGAUCUGAAGUGGAUGGUGCAGCCGACAGUCAUCACAUCUGUCUCCCCCUCCCCCGGCCGAGCUAAAGCUAAAACUCGAGGCGCAGUCCAAUCGUCUUCCACAGCCAGUGCAAACAAGGCCCAACCCUCCAACAGGAAAGGGCAGAAAGACCAGCCCUCCAAAGAGGAAGAGGAAAGGAGAAGGAUCAGAAGGGAAAGGAAUAAAAUAGCUGCAGCAAAGUGUCGUAACAGACGGAGGGAGCUCACAGACACCCUGCAAGCUGAAACUGACACGCUUGAAGAAGAGAAGACAGCUCUACAGACUGAGAUAGCCGAUCUGCUUAAAGAGAAAGAGAGGCUUGAGCAGAUCUUAGCCUCCCACAAACCAACCUGCAAACUACCUGAAGGUGACAACGAGGAUGAGGAUGAAGAUGAUGUGAACAGUAUGUUACAGGUCUCCCCAGCCUCCCCCCAGCUCCUCUCCAUGAUAGAAAAUGGCAAAACCCAUGAGAGCAGCUUGGCAAUCGCAGAUGGCCAUGGACAACAAGACAUAGACAACAUGCCAUGCAUUUCAGCAGCAGCCAUUUUGGGGAACUCCAACAUCCUUCUGUGUUCAAAUGUAGAAGAGGAGCCUCUGGAGGACUUAAAAGGAGACGACCUGGAUGAUUUGGUCCCUAGCCUAGAGAUGGCAGUGACUGAUGAAACGGCUGCAUCAGUCCCUGACAUAGAUCUUGAUGGCCCCUUCUGUCUCUCAGACUGGGAGACCUUGUACAAGUCAGUGGCAAAUGACCUUGAGUCUUUGAGCACACCCGUCAUGUCUUCCAGCCCCACAUGUAGCAAUCACCGCUCAGUGUUUUCCUUCAGUUGCUCUGAGAUUGAUUCCUUUGCUGACAGUUGUGAGAGCCUCAAAGGAGGCAUGGGUGCAUCGGAGUUCAUGAAAGAUAGUCUUAAUUCUCCAACACUCUUGGCCUUGUGAAUA